AUGGUUAUUUUCUCCUUGCCAGCGCUUGAGCUCCUCGCUGCAGUUCUCCUCGGAAUGCGGACCAUCUUGAAUCCCGUUGCCGCUCAUGUUCCACGACAAGGAACCACCUAUCCUGGUCAAUCCGCUGCGGGACCGUACUGGGUUUCCAACAUCGAGCGUAAAGGCACCGUCGCCUACGGAAACGCCGAUUUCAAAAUCUUCCGCAACGUCAAGGACUAUGGCGCCCGUGGAGAUGGCGUUACAGACGACACCGCUGCGAUCAACCAGGCCAUCUCGGAGGGCAAUCGAUGUGGUGGUGGCGGAUGUGAUUCCAGCACCGUGACCCCAGCGAUUGUUUACUUCCCUGCCGGCACGUACAUCAUCAGCCAACCUUUGCUCCAGUACUACUACACCCAGAUGAUCGGUGAUGCGACAAACCUCCCUGUCCUCAAGGCCGCACCGCAGUUUGAGGGAAUGGCAGUCAUAGACGCCGAUCCGUAUCUCCCCGAUGGCGUCAACUGGUUCACGAACCAAAACAACUUCUUCCGACAAGUUCGCAACUUCGUCAUCGACUUGAGGGCCAUGCCCCCGAACCGCGGAGCCGGUAUCCACUGGCAGGUUGCACAAGCUACGAGUCUCCAUAACAUCCGCUUCGAGAUGGUUAAGGGAGGCGCCGACAACCGACAGCAGGGGAUUUUCAUGGACAACGGCUCCGGUGGAUGGAUGUCAGACCUCAUCUUCAACGGUGGCCAAUACGGCGCUUUUCUUGGCAACCAACAGUUCACGACGCGCAACCUCGUCUUCAACGACUGUGACACGGCCAUCUUCAUGAACUGGAACUGGGCUUGGACCUUCAAGUCGGUUUCCAUCAACAACUGCCGUGUCGGCGUCGAUAUGGCCAACGGUGGCUUCAAUCAAACUGUCGGCUCGAUCCUCAUGCUCGAUUCUAAGAUCCAAGCCACUGAUUGCGGCUUCAAUACCUCUUUCUCCCCCGACUCGAUCCCCAACUCUGGCGGUACCCUGAUUCUCGAGAACACCGACUUCACCGGGACCCCGGUCGCCGUGAAAGGCCCGGGUGACCAGACGGUCGUUGCCGGAGGUGCUCAUGUCGCCAACUGGGUCCAAGGCCGCUCCUACAUCGGCAACGAUGGCAUGCGCACGCAAACCGUCGUCACCGAGCCCGCAAAGUCAGCUGGCCUACUCUCUGGCAAUAAGGUCUUCGAGCGAUCGAAGCCGCAGUACGAAAACGUCCCCGCCUCGCAAUUCGUGUCCGUGAAAUCCGCCGGUGCGGUUGGCGACGGGCUUACUGACGACACCGCUGCCAUUCAGCAGGCGCUCACCAACCUCAAGGAUGACCAAAUCCUCUACUUCGACCAUGGCGCCUAUCUCAUCACCGACACGGUAUUCGUCGGGUGCCACGCGAAGAUCACCGGUGAAAUCUGGCCUCUGAUCAUGGCGUCCGGGCCCAAGUUCCAAGAUCCCGCCCAGCUCCGCCCCGUGUUCAAAGUCGGAAACUCCGGCCAAUCCGGCGCAGUUGAGAUGUCCGAUCUGAUGUUCGAGACGCGCGGUCCAGUCCCUGGCGCCGUGCUGAUGGAGUGGAACCUGAACGCCGAAAAGCAAGGCAGCAACGGCAUGUGGGACGUUCAUUUCCGCAUCGGCGGCAGCGCCGGCACCUUACUGCAAUCUGAUACAUGUGCCAAGAAGCCCAGUGCUCCUCAUGGCCCGGAUCCGAAAUGUGUGGGCGCCGGGAUGCUUUACCACACGACCAAAGACGCCUCGGUGUACCUCGAGAACUGUUGGUUCUGGGUGUCGGACCACGAGCUCGACCUCGCCGACCACUACCAAAUCGACAUCUACAACGGCCGUGGUGUGCUCAUCGAGUCGCAGAACCCCGUCUGGUUCUACGGCACGAACUCCGAACACAACGUGCUCUACAACUACCAGGUCAUGAAUGCCAAGAACGUCUGGAUGGGCCUCAUCCAGUCCGAGACGCCCUACUACCAAUCCAACCCGUCCGCGCCAUUCCCCUUCACGACCCCCAUCCCUGGCGACCCGACCUUCGGCGCCCCCGACGCCCUCUCCAACAAAGCCUGGGGCCUCCGCGUGGUGGAUAGUGAGGACGUCUUCGUCUACGGCGCCGGGCUGUACUCCUUCUUCGAGAACUACGACCAGAAGUGUGUGCCGGCGAACAACUGUCAGAACGGCAUGAUCAGCAUCGAAGGCACAUCGAAGAACAUCCGGCUCUUCGGCAUCAGCACUAAGGCGGCGGUGGACAUGAUCGUGAGCUCGCAGGGCUCGGUGAAGGAUCUGGAUAAUCGGAGCAAUUUCUGCGGGACGGUCGCGAGGUGGGUGCAGAGCUGAGCGGAAGACAGACACGAUGGGAUGUCUGCACUUCUGAUUACACUCACGCGGCAGAAUUGGGCAGAUUGUACAUAAACCCGAAUGCUUUACGUUUCUUCCAUUCCUCGCACCUUUAAUCCCUUUCCCCUUGACCUCCACCGAUUUCCUUAUCCUUUCUCGCAGCUGAGCGUUACAGUACUAGCAUGGUAUGGGACCAUCGCCCUCACGGCGCAUUCGGCAUGGCGACCACAGACUGGGGGUCGGACUUCAUUUUUGGAGGAACCGUUCGGAGCGUUCGUGCGUGGACGGCAGUCUGAGGGCUAGCGUGGCAUAUCGAGACCAACUUCGGUUGUCAAUUUUUCUUUCUCGGUAGAUGAGCGAUCCUAGAUACCGCCUUUCGGAGCUUGGGAGGUCGCGAAGGAUUUUCUCGGUUAGAGGGUUGUAUCUGAGGAGGAGUCGGUGUCUCACGAGAGAAAGGUCCGC